GCAAAAAUCGAUGUUACUGCCAGUCGAUUGCCAGUUUGUUUAGCUGCAAGAUGUCCGAAUUGCAGCAGCAGGAUCAGCAGAGCAGCAACAGCUACGAGCAGGAGUGCCAGCGGGCCGAGCUGCUGGGCCUGCAGGCGCCAGACAAGGAUGAGUUUGAACGCAGGCGGCAGGCGCGCCUGGAGCAGCAGCAGGCCGACCACGAUGCUGCCGAGGCAGUGCUGCUGGAGCAACAAGACGAAUCGCUGGGCAACGUCGGCGGCAAGCUGGGCGAACUGAAUAGCAUACUGUCCAGCACGCAGCAGAGACUGAAUCGUUUCAAGGAGACGGCCUGCGGCAGUCUAACCAACAUCUUUGCUCGACCCAACUCUGGAUCUGUAGAUCUUUCAGCAGCUGCAGGGGGACCGACAGUCGCCACUCAGGAAGAGCGUGCCCCUGUGCAGGACCAGCCGCGGCCACCGCCCACAGCGGCCGAGGUGAGUGCAGCGAAGGCGGCCAAGCAGCAGCGCAUGGACUCGCAGCUGGACAAGCUGGAUGCGUUAAUCAACAAGGCGGACAACGCCCACAUAGCCAUGGGCGAGCAGACGCAGCAGAUGCGACGCUUGGCCAAGUGAGGAAUCCGAGCUCUGAUCCGCUGGUCACCCUUUUAUCCUCUCCUUGGAUGAGUUUCUGUAGCUAAAGUUGAAGUUGAGUUACAACCCAAAAGCGUUUUCAAUCACAUGCGGAGGCGGACAGUGCGGGCAGGCAGACCACUCCCGCAUUUGGAUGGAUCUGCGCUCCUUAUUAAUGUCCUUCAUUGUUUCAUUUACCUCUAACAAUUAUUAUAAUCGUUGCAUUCAUUUUUUGUCU